GAGGAAGGCUUCUUAGAAGCACCCCUGCCUCUUAGGAGGCGCGGGCCGUCUCUAUGGGUGUGAGGCCCGUGCCUUUCACGAAGCAGCCUUUCUAGGUUGGCUCAAGGUUGGCUGAAGAGUGGGCGUGGCUGCAUUUGUGUUUGCACAUCUCUCGCCCCGACUUCUACCACUGCCAGAGGCGCCCCUUGUCCACAGCAGGGUUCGCGAUCAUGCCGGAGCUCAUGUCAAUCGUUAAGACCCCGAAGGAGGCUUUCAUGGGCAUGGUGGACAAGGGCGUUGGGAUGGGCGGCGAUUCGUCCAUCAAGAUCUUCCACCAGUCGUUCUACGCGGGUUGCUACAUUGGCUUCGGGGGCAUGCUGUCGAUGGUGGUGGCUGGCGGGCUGGACAGCGCGGCCCAGGACAACCCGACCAUUCAGACCUUUGUAUUCGCUGCGCUCUUCCCUGUGAACCUGCUGCUCAUCCUCCUCACAGGUGGGGUGCUGAUCACAGGCACAGCGGCGACCGUGCCUGCCGCGGUGUUUGAGGGCAAGCUGCACAGGAUGCAGAUCCUGCGGACCUUCGCGCUGGCUUGGGUUGGCAAUCUGCUUGGCGCCCUGCUCUUCGCUGGCUUCGUGACAGCCUGCAACCUGAACGUUGGCCUGACUGCCUCGCUUGCCCGCAAGGUUGCGGAGAAGAAGAUCAAGGAGAACUUCCUGGUCACCUUCCUCAAGGGAAUCGGGUGCAACUGGCUGGUGUGCAUGGCAGUGUUCUUGCAGGGCCAGGCACAGGACAUGGUUGGCAAGAUGGUGGGCAUCUGGUUCCCCAUCUCUUGCUUCGUGGCCAUCGGCUUUGAGCAUAUCCCAGCCAACAUGUUCAUGAUCCCCAUGGGGAUGAUGGCCGGCGCAGACGUGUCCGUGCUGGAUUGCCUGUGGAGAAAUUUCAUCCCAGUGACCCUCGGGAACAUCUUCGCAGGUUCCAUCUUUGUGGGCGGUGGUUACUCUUUCGCCUUCGGCCGGCUUGGUAGCUCGCCGAUGUUCAAUAUGCCCGCGAAGGAGCAGGGCUCGCCUAAGGAUCAGAAGCCCACCAGCGAUGCGCCUGUGAUUACACCUGAGGCUCAGGGUUUAUGAGUACGCGGCCAGGCUGAGGGGCCUCAGGGUCGCAUUCUUGACGUCGUUUAACUACCCAAGAUGUCAUAAGAGAUAAAUAGAAGUCACCCGCGGCGGCGAACUUGAUAAGACCGUGCGGCGUAAAUCAGUGGAUAUCUAGAUCGUGCAGAGUACAGCUCAUGUGCCAGGAUAGCUGAACGGCUCAGCCUUUUUAAGCAAUUCUUCUGUGGCAACCUGGGCCCUUCGCCUCAUUUCUUAUCGGCAGCAAUGUCUGCGGGGCAGGGUCAACCAGGUCGUGCUGCCCCCGCGGCGGCGAAUUUUGUCAGCCCGUGCAGAGUAUAAUUCAAUAGCCAGGGGAGCUGAACGACCUCAGCAUUGGACCCUGCGCCUUCUUUCUCCGUUGCAGCGAUGUCUGCGGGGCAGGAUCGACCAGAUCAUGCUGCUCCUCGCGGUACUUACCCUGGUAUCUGAGUGAAUUCAGUCGCUGUGCCAGAGCGUUGGCCGCAUGUUCGAAACACUGCGCAUGUGCCCACCAACAACAAAUUACGAAGCAGCCUUUCU